CUCAGCAUAGGGGCGCACUCAUACACGCAUUCCUGUCAAGUCAUCUUGUGAAAGGCUGCUUGCUUCCAGCUUGGCUUGAAAGUGCAACCUUAAUAAAACUCACUGAAGUCUGAGAGAAAAUAGCAGUUCUGCAGCAGAUAGUGUAGGGGAAAGAGACUGGGAUAUGCAUAUGCAGCUGACUAAAGCAGACUACAUGCUGGACUGUAACAGAGAGGAAACAAUAAAUCUUAACUACUAUGCAAUAAAUAUUCCCAAUUUUAACUAAGGAAGCUAUCCUCAUAGUGAAAUUAAAAAAAAAUAAGUUUAUCCAAGCUUGAUUACUAAAGUGCGCUUCUCCAGUCCUUUUUGCAAAGACUUUAAGGGAAAUUAAGAACAAAUUUAAAGACAGAGGAAGAAAAAGUUUUUCUUAACGUGGGAAAGGAAAGUAGUAAUAACAUGUCAAUUUUCCUUUCCUUUGCUUUCCUGGCAGCAAUUCUUGCUCACAUAGGCUGUAAUAACCAGCGUCGGGGUCCAGAAGCCAGUGGGAGAAGAUUUAACCGGAUUCAGCAUGGGCAGUGCACCUAUACUUUCAUUCUGCCAGAACAGGACGGGAACUGUCGUGAAAGCACGACAGACCAGUACAACACAAAUGCUCUUCAGAGAGAUGCUCCUCACGUGGAACAGGAUUUCUCUUCCCAGAAACUGCAACAUCUGGAACAUGUGAUGGAAAAUUACACUCAGUGGCUGCAAAAACUUGAGAACUACAUUGUGGAAAACAUGAAAUCGGAGAUGGUGCAGCUGCAGCAGAAUGCUGUGCAGAACCACACGGCCACCAUGCUCGAGAUAGGGACCAGCCUCCUCAGCCAGACAGCAGAGCAGACGAGAAAACUCACGGAUGUUGAAACCCAGGUGCUAAAUCAAACAUCUAGACUCGAAAUUCAGCUACUGGAAAAUUCGCUGUCAACAUACAAGCUAGAAAAACAGCUGCUACAACAGACACAUGAAAUACUGAAAAUUCAUGAGAAAAACAGUUUGCUAGAGCACAGAAUUUUAGAAAUGGAAGAAAGGCAUAAAGAAGAGCUGGACACUUUGAAGGAAGAAAAAGAGAACCUACAAAGCUUGGUCACACGACAAAGUUACAUAAUCCAGGAACUAGAGAAGCAGUUAAACAAGGCAACAAGUAAUAACAGUGUCCUGCAGAAACAGCAGCUUGAAUUGAUGGAUACAGUUCACACUCUGAUCACCCUCUGUUCCAAGGAAGGAGUUUUACUAAAGAAUGCAAAAAAGGAGGAAGAAAAGCCUUUUAGAGACUGUGCAGAUGUAUACCAGUCUGGUUUUAACAAAAGUGGAGUCUACACUAUUUAUAUUAACAAUGUGUCAGAUCCUAAAAAGGUCUUUUGCAAUAUGGAAAUUGCUGGAGGAGGAUGGACAGUUAUACAACAUCGAGAAGAUGGGAGUUUGGAUUUUCAAAAAAGCUGGAAAGAAUACAAAAUGGGUUUUGGUAGCCCAUCAGGUGAACACUGGCUGGGAAAUGAAUUUAUCUUUGCAAUAACGAGUCAGAGGCAAUAUUCUCUAAGAAUUGAAUUAAUGGACUGGGAAGGAAACCGGGCAUAUUCACAGUAUGACAGAUUUCACAUAGGAAAUGAAAAGCAGAAUUACAGACUUUAUUUAAAAGGUCACAGUGGAACAGCUGGAAAACAGAGUAGCCUGAUCUUACAUGGUGCUGAAUUCAGUACAAAAGAUGCUGACAAUGACAACUGCAUGUGUAAAUGUGCUCUCAUGUUGACUGGAGGGUGGUGGUUUGAUGCCUGUGGCCCCUCCAAUCUCAAUGGGAUGUUCUACACAGCUGGGCAAAAUCACGGAAAGCUCAACGGCAUCAAGUGGCAUUACUUCAAAGGCCCCAGCUACUCCUUGCGCUCCACCACCAUGAUGAUUCGGCCCUUGGACUUUUAAAGGCAUUCAGCAGUGGAUCCCAGAACAAACCAGGAUGACACUGCCCUCAGCAGCACGGCUAGCACAGCCUGAAGGUAAAAGGUGAAGGGCCUCUUGAAAGCAACGCGCAUGGGUGGUGCAAUGUCGCUUCAUUAUCACUCCAUAACCUGCAAAAACUCUUCAACAGUCACCCCACGUUUUGAUGACUGGGUGAGGCUUUGUUUAGAAGAACGUGGAUGCAGUGGGUUUCCAGAGAAGAACAACUGGAUCUGGUUAUUCUGCCUGAAUGUGGUGCUCGUCAGAGGAUAUCUUUUUUUUGGGGGUUUUCUUUUUUUUCAAAUAAGAGAUGCAAAAACAUACUAGAUUGUUCAGCAACAGCAUCAGAAUUUGAAGAACUGAAAUGUAUCAACCACAGUCUAUUGAGCAGAAUGUUAUUCAUCAGUGAAAUACCAACAUUAUAACCGUGAAAAAGGACUACAGAGACACCUUUAUUAAAACUCAAAGUACUCAAGGUGACCACUCCAAGUAUUGUUUUUCUUAAAUGAACUGAAUUUGAAUGGUGGAUGGAUUUAUGUUAAUCCGAGAGUCAUAUAAUUUGUGCAAAUAUUAAUUUUUUCUUAAAUCCUUUAAGGACAUGUUUCUCAUAAAUAAUCUGAGUCAAAUGUAUGAAGAAUGAUAAGGGUAAUAAGCAUAAAUUCUUCACUUGCUCUGCAGUGGUAAAUCAGAUAAUUGGCAUAAUCCCUGAGCUAAGAUUUAUAGUGUGCUAACAAAAGUAGCUGUGUUUUGAGGUUUUUCCCUUCUUUCAUUAGAGGCAGUCUGAAUGUCAUACAGAAAAAUUAAUGGAAGGUUUAAAGAAUGUGAAAUAUUAUCCUAAAGAAAAUAUGGGAUUUUGCAUGGAAUAUUUCCAUCAAAAGUACACAGGAAGGCAAACUGUUAGGAUAUAUAAAAAAGACAUAAAUGCAUAGCUUAAGGCAACGGAUUCAUUUUACAGUAUCCUUGCAUGUGCGCAACUUAUCAUUAAUUAUUUUACUUUUUUUUAUUAAAUUUUCCUUUCUUCACUGUAUUAUUACAUUUUUGUGAAUAUCAGAAGCAUGCCAGUUCUACCCAGUUCUUAGGCUACAACUAUAAAAAAUACUCAUCAGAAUUGUAUAGAAAAUAAAGAAUUGUGAACUUGUAAAUAGCAUGUUUAUAUUUCCUGUAAUGGUCAUUUAAUUUGUACAGGCAGCCCUGACCCUACUCAAAGGGUGCAAAGCCUCAAGAGGAUAUAAAUAUUAAAAGAAAUUUAGCAGACUGCUUACAGGUUGCUAACAAAUAAUUUUGUUAUAUUAAAGUAGCUGGGUGACCCAUGAGGUUAUAGACACAGCUCUUUCCAUUUACAGCCCUUGUGAUUAAGUCAUAUGAAUAAAGUCCAUUUGGGAGCGUAGCUUGCAGUCAUUCUACUUCUGCUACAUAUAAAAGGUAAAAGCUUACCCUGCUCCCACUGAAAUCAAAAAUAACAUUCUCAUCCAUUAAAUUGGGACCAACAUGACAUGCAAAAUUUGAACGUGGUGAGUUUUUUGCUUGUCUGUUGCUUUGUUUCAUUCAUUAAACUGUUCUGAGAUCAGACACAACAAAGAUCUGAUUCUUUUUUAAAAGAGGAUGAUAACAGAGAAACUGCUUUGCUUUUUUUCUUUUUUUCCCUCUUUUUUUUUCCUUAGCAGUUUAUUUCUAUGAAAUAGAAAAAAACUACUUGGAUUUUUUUAAGCACCCCUUCUUAAAGAUCACAAGGCCUCACAGAGUUCUCUGGUUUUGUUACCAUUUGAUGUUUGUUUGGUUUUAAGUGGGAAGAUCUUUGUUUUUGUGCAUUUGUAUAUAUUUAUAUAUAUAUUUGAAAUAAUCUUGCCUAAGGGUUAAUUUGCUGUUUUCUGCUGAAUAAGUUACCAAACUACUCCUUACUCAGCAGUUUCUUCACAGAGCUGUUUUGUCUCAGUUUCCAGCAGUUUUUUAAAAUGGUCUUCAUUUAUGUGCCAAAUAUGUGGUCCGUCUUCCUCCAUAUUCUCAAAAGAUAUAUUUUUGCAGGUCUCCAAGUUAGGAAUGCCAUUUUUGCAGAUCCUAUUGCAAAAGGCAAAACACAUUUAAAAGCAAAAGCAUGAUAUUUACUGUUUA